UGUAUGUAUGCGUUACUCCGUAUUAGGCAUUCCUAGUCAUUCGCCUUUUGCUAGCACAACGGCUAUAAUUGCGCUCCCUGCUUUUCUUUAUCUUCAACAUCGUUACCUGAAAUUCAAGAACCCGGCGAAUAGAUCGGAACGGUCAGGACCCCUCAAUUCGAACCAGCUCACAAUUCCUCGGCUUCCUGGAAUUUUUCAUUCCCCAAGAAGCUUAUAAAGUCAGUGUCGCUUGCCAAUUGCCAUUUGAUUCUUUCAGUCGGUAAAGAAUCCGCUCUGCUUUGGGAAAAAUCAAGGAACUUUGAAGAGCAACAGGAUCUUCGACCCAACAAUCGCAGUAAUCAAAUUCUUACCCCUAUUUCUCUCUCUAUCUCUCUCAUAUGUUCUCGGAAGCUCAUUUCAGCCUCCGACCCGUUCUUGGUUUUUAAUUUCUACGAUUUAGGGUUUUCUGCGGUGAUAAUCUUGAAAAGAUCUCGUAUAUUUAAUUCCUUGAUCGUUUUCUUUCCCCGAAUAAGGGCAUUUCCCAUGAUGUAAUCUAUGUACAGGACAAAGUUUGAGUCUUUCUGGUUCGAUCAUCCUUUGAUCCAACCUGUUUCUUGUUUCGGUUUUUUCGAUGGUAUUCUAAUUUGUAGAUAACUAUAUGCAGAUAUUUAGUUAUUUCUGGUGAUUGCAUUAGGGUUCCAUUUGAAUCCUGUUUUUCUUGUAUUUUGCCUAAACAUUUAUGAUCCAAGGUAGGAAUCUUUAGGCAAAAACAAGGAGAAGGGAUUCUGGAAAGUCUAUAAAUUUGAAAUGUCUGCUGUGGUCGUGACUUUGUCCAAUCCUAUUCAAGAAGAGUCAAUCAGGUCUACUAGGCAUGCGAAUGUUCCAUUAAAUCUUUCCACGAACGAGUCGAUUGUGAUUUACAUCACGGUCGCGGGUUCUGUGAUUCCCAUGCGUGUCUUCAAGUCUGAUUCUAUAGCAUCGGUUAAAGUUAGGAUACAAACAUGUAAAGGGUUCGUAGUAAAGAGACAGAAGCUAGUUUUCGGAGGUAGGGAGCUGUCCAGGAAUGAUUCCUUGGUGAAGGACUACGGUGUGGCAGAUGGGAAUGUGUUGCACUUGAUUCUUAAGCUCUCUGAUCUCCUAGUCAUCAACGUUAGUACCACAUGCGGCAAGGAAUUCGAUUUCCAUGUUGAUAGGCAUCAGAAUGUGGGGUAUCUUAAGCGUAAGAUAGCCACAGAUGGGAAGGGAUAUUUUGACUUUGAGGAUAAGGAUCUCUUCUGUAAUGGUGAGAAGCUUGAGGACCUUAGGCUCAUUGACGAUAUCUAUUCGAGUAAUACUUCGGAAGCUGUGGUUCAUUUGGUAGUUCAGAAGAAAUCAGCUACAGUUCGGGCCAAGCCUGUGGAUCGGGAUGUCGAGCUCUCUGUUGUUGCUGCUAAUGGGAACAAGAAGGCAGAAGUUGGAGGCUAUGAACAUAUAGAACCUACAGAUGAUCUUCAAACUUUGUUCAGAAAGUCCACACAUGGUGAUUUCACCCUUUUGGAGCCAAUUAUUGUAAAUCCAAAGGUCAAACUGCCUGAAUCUUUGUUAGAUAUGGUGAAAUCUGCACGCGAUGGUUUGGCGAAAGGAAAACGGCCAGUUAGAUCGUCCCAGGGUACGGGAGGAACUUACCUCAUGCUGGAUGGAUCAGGAAACAAGUAUGUAGCUGUUUUUAAGCCAAUAGAUGAAGAACCAUUGGCUGUUAAUAACCCUCAGGGGUUACCUUUGUCAUCUACUGGUGAAGGUCUGAAGAGGGGAACCAAGGUUGGAGAAGGCGCAUUUAGAGAGGUUGCAGCCUUUUUACUAGAUCAUCCAAAGACUGGACCUCGCCCAAUAGCCAAUGGGGAGGUUGGUUUUUCUGGCGUGCCUCCAACUGUCAUGAUUCAGUGCUUAAAUGACAGUUUUCAUUACCCGGAUGGAUUUGACUGGUCAACCGAGCAUAUCAAGAUCGGUUCACUCCAGCUUUUUAUGGAUAACCAUGGAAAUUGUGAGGACAUUGGACCUCAAUAUUUUCCAGUGGAGGAAGUGCAUAAGAUCAGUGUCUUUGAUAUAAGAACUGCAAAUGCUGAUAGACAUGCUGGUAACAUUCUGGUGAGUAGAGGUGAAGAUGGGCGUGUUGUGCUUACACCAAUCGAUCAUGGCUACUGUCUACCUGAGAAAUUUGAAGAUUGCACUUUUGAUUGGCUGUACUGGCAGCAAGCCCGCCAGCCUUUCUCACCCGAGACCAUUGCUUACAUAAAGUCACUGGAUGCUGAACAAGACAUUGCACUUCUCAAAUUUUAUGGAUGGAAGUUGUCUUUGGAAUGCACUCGCGUGCUUCGUAUUUCCACCAUGCUUUUGAAGAAAGGGGCUGAGAGAGGGCUCAGUCCUUUCGUGAUCGGGAGCAUCAUGUGCAGGGAAAACUUGAACAAGGAAUCUGUGAUUGAAGAAAUUGUCAGAGAAGCUCAAGAUUCAAAGCUUCCUGGCAUGAGUGAAACUGAUUUUCUUGAAACUGUCUCCCAGCUCAUGGAUGACCGACUCGAUAACCUCUCUGGAUGAUCAUUGACCUUUAUAUAGGAUAAUGUAUCGUAAUUAAUGGGUGUAUUAUAAUAUAAUAGAAUGGCCAGUCCAUAUUAAUAUAUUAUACAUAAGGUGGACUUAAUGGUCUUAAUGUGUAGAAGAUGGCCUGGAUGAUCAACUCUUUUACGUGCCGUCUGAAACCUUUGCUUUUCGUUAUCCUAUUCAGCUUACGCGGAUGGUCUUGAUGUAUAUAAGCCUUUGCAAUUUGACCAUAUAUGUUAAGGAUAUAGAGAAGUUGGAAAAUGCUUGGGAGUACUUUAUGUAUUACGGUUGUAGUUGGUUAUUUCUUGUGUCAUAAUAUAAGUGUUAGCACACAUAUUGUAUAAAGGAUGGUUCUUGUGACAGUCACUCUAAUGAGAAUUUAAUUUGAGU